UUAGCCAGCUUUAGAUUAGUAAGGAAAAAGAAAGCAUUGUGGAUGCUCUUGAAUUGCAAUACUUCUCUUGAACUGAUCACUAAGUUUAAUAAGCUUUUUAGGAAGCAGACCAAGAGCCGUAUAUCCUCCAAGUAUUGUCAAUACUUAAAGUCUCUGUUGGACAAGCUGGAGUCCAACACCAAAAAGUUUUGGUCCUUUCACUCCUUAAAGUCUAGAUCAAAACGUCUACCAGAGACAAUGUUUUACUCCAGUAUAAAUGUGCUUACGAAAAACCCUGUCUCCAAAGCGUUUCUAUUUCAUUAAUUUUUCAGUUCUGUUUUUGUGGCUACUACCUCCCUUUAGGGAAGGCAGAGCCACUAUGUCCUGGUGUUGUGUCCGUAGGUCCUGUAAGUACUUAAAUUGCCACAGGAGACCCACUACCUUGGUCCGGUUGAAGUUGUAGCCGCUUUAAAAAGCGUUUUAAAAGAAUGCUUUUGGCAACGCAGAAGUAUUUUGCAGAGAAAUUGAAGCGAUUUGGACCAAGAGCUUAAACAUAAGAGGAAACGUAGUUGUUUGAAAGCAUUUCCGAUGCGUCUGCGAUGUGCUUCUACCCCACGGUUCCUUAAUCUUGCGCCUGACCUGACGACCGUGCAGAACACGGUUCGAGCCCUAGCAGUGAAUUUUUUUCUCUUUUAUUCGCCCUCGUUUUCUUUGCUUUUUGUUUUUCUUUUAAUUCCUAAUUUAAUUUUCUACAGCACGGUUAGAGGUCUUACCAAAUUUAAGACUCGCAGGAGUCUUUCAGAUUAGUACGAUUGUUAACUUGGAGACUGGCUUUCAAGAACCUUUGACUUGUCCAGACGAGAAGUUGAGCGUUUACUUUUAGUUUGUCUCCAAAAGAUAACGGGGGAUAUACAAAUUCCAGCUGGCUGGAAAGUGAUCUGAAAAUUGAAAACGUCAUGCUAUUCUACUCUUUGAGAACCUGUAUAAGCUGAAAAUGGAUGUGAUUUUGACCAUUAGCUUCAAAAUAGCAGAGGAAAUCGAGAUAAGGGAACAUGUUUUGCGUCCUAAUUCGCAGACGAAAAAAUUCGGCUUUCUAUUGCAUAAUAUAUGUUCUUUCAUCGCCAUGAAAUGCGUUUACAUUGUUUUUUUAUUGUCAACAGCCCGGUUAAUACGGCUCCAUAAACUUUACAAGGCGUUUGCCGGCGGAGGUUCCAUGGCAAAAGAAUUAAAUUAAAGCCUUAACGCCAAAUGCACGUAGUCAUCUUUAGUGGUGUAGUGGUAAGGUAACGUCGCAUAAAACCGAAAUUGCCGGGUUCCACUUCUGCUCAGUACUCUUUCUUUUUCUUUUUUUUUUCGUUUUUGUUAUGUUUUUGUUGCUUAUUUGCUUUUUGUUGUUGUUGUUUUUUUUUUAAAAUAUACCUUCCAUUGCAAAAAUAGUUUAUUUAUGGAUACAUAAUCUGAAUUUCUACAAUGUAAAUUCCUUUUUUACUGCAAUGUCAAUUCUACAAAACUAAUAAUAGUACUGCCUUUUAAUUAUUUCCACAAAGUCGUCAGACUUCUCCAGCCUUCACAUUGAUGUUGUUAAUCCUAACUUACUGAUGUAAUAUAUCAAAAACCACACGCAGUGUUUCAUCCGAUAUCCAGACACCGAUAAGUGGGUUGAAAAACGUGGCGCAGCCAAGUUUUUUAAGACCGACUUCGAGGUGUCUGGAUAUCGGAUGAAACACUGAGUGGAGUUUUUGAUUUAGCUUCCCAAAUGAACAAUAGAAAUUCAAAGAUAAAGUCCGCAAAAUUUUGUGGUAUCCAGAAAAAGUGGAAAAUCUAAAAAGGUGGUCCCGUAUUCCCGGUUGGAAUUUCCGAACGGAAUGUCGUGUUCCAUUGACGUUUCUUGUAGUUUGUACCAGUUCCAGGUCCACGGUCGGGCACCCGGCCACGUACCGGGGUUUACGACCAAAUGGAACAACUUUUUACCAAUCGGAAAUUCCACUUUUGCUACCACCGAAAUUUCCGGGUUUUUUUCGUAAAUGGAAAGCGCCCUUUGUUUUCUCUUUAUUAAUUAAUAAAUGAGUUUGAGAACGAUUUAUCCACCUCUCACACAGAGGUCAGGGAUAUCCUAUGUAAGCUGGAUGCCAACAAAGCAACUAGAGUG